GGAGGGAGCGCAGCUUGGUUGCUCCGUAGUACGGCGGCUCGCGAGGCGGAGUGCCGAGCAGGCUAAGGGGCGCACGGCGGGGCGGGCGGGGAUGGUGCGGGCCCCGGCUCCGGCGUCCCCCGGCGCGGAGUGUGAGCUGCACUGAUUUGUCCCUGCGGCGGCGGCGCGCGGACCCGCCCGGAGAUGAGGUGUCCAUUAGCCAGGUGAAAGUAGCAGAACCAUGGCUCAGUUCCCAACACCUUUUGGUGGCAGCCUGGACAUCUGGGCCAUCACUGUGGAGGAGAGGGCCAAGCAUGACCAGCAGUUCCACAGUCUAAAGCCAAGAUCUGGAUUUAUUACUGGUGAUCAAGCAAGAAGUUUUUUUUUGCAAUCUGGGUUGCCUCAACCUGUCUUAGCACAGAUAUGGGCACUAGCUGACAUGAACAAUGAUGGAAGAAUGGAUCAAGUGGAGUUUUCCAUAGCCAUGAAACUCAUCAAAUUGAAGCUGCAAGGUUACCAGCUCCCCUCUGCACUUCCACCGGUCAUGAAGCAGCAGCCAGUUGCCAUCUCCAGUACACCAGCGUUUGGUAUGGGAAGUAUGCCCAGCAUGCCACCGCUUCCAGCUGUUGCUCCAGUGCCAAUGGGGUCCAUUCCAGUCGUUGGCAUGUCUCCGCCUCUGGUAUCUUCUGUCCCUACAGCAGCAGUGCCUCCCCUGGCCAAUGGGGCGCCCCCUGUUAUACAACCCCUGCCUGCAUUUGCCCAUCCUGCAGCCACAUUGCCAAAGAGUUCUUCCUUCAGUAGAUCUGGCCCAGGGUCACAAUUAAACACUAAAUUACAGAAGGCACAAUCAUUCGACGUUGCCAGUGCCCCUCCAGCAGCGGAAUGGGCUGUCCCCCAGUCAUCGAGGCUGAAGUACCGGCAGUUAUUCAACAGUCAUGAUAAAACUAUGAGUGGACACUUAACAGGUCCCCAAGCAAGAACUAUUCUCAUGCAAUCAAGUUUACCACAGGCUCAGUUGGCUUCAAUAUGGAAUCUUUCAGACAUCGAUCAAGAUGGAAAACUCACAGCGGAAGAAUUUAUCCUGGCUAUGCACCUCAUAGAUGUAGCCAUGUCUGGCCAGCCACUGCCCCCUGUCCUGCCUCCAGAAUACAUUCCACCUUCCUUUAGGAGAGUUCGGUCUGGCAGUGGUAUAUCUGUCAUCAGCUCAACCUCUGUAGACCAGAGGUUACCAGAGGAACCAGCGUUAGAAGAUGAGCAACAACAGUUAGAAAAGAAAUUACCUGUCACAUUUGAAGAUAAGAAGCGCGAGAACUUUGAACGUGGCAACCUGGAGUUGGAAAAACGAAGACAAGCUCUCUUGGAGCAGCAGCGCAAAGAGCAAGAGCGCUUGGCCCAGCUGGAGAGAGCGGAGCAGGAAAGGAAAGAGCGAGAGCGGCAGGAACAAGAGCGCAAGAGACAAUUGGAGCUGGAGAAGCAACUGGAAAAGCAACGGGAGCUAGAACGGCAGAGAGAGGAGGAAAGGAGAAAAGAAAUAGAGAGGCGAGAGGCUGCAAAACGGGAACUUGAAAGACAACGACAACUUGAAUGGGAGCGGAAUCGGAGACAAGAACUUCUCAAUCAAAGAAACAAAGAACAAGAGGACAUAGUUGUACUGAAAGCUAAGAAAAAGACUUUGGAAUUUGAAUUAGAAGCUCUAAAUGAUAAAAAGCAUCAACUUGAAGGCAAACUUCAGGAUAUCAGAUGUCGUUUGACCAGCCAAAGGCAAGAAAUUGAAAGCACGAACAAAUCCAGGGAGUUGAGAAUCGCUGAGAUCACUCACCUCCAGCAACAGUUACAGGAGUCUCAGCAGAUGCUUGGAAGACUUAUUCCAGAGAAGCAGAUACUCAACGACCAGUUAAAACAGGUUCAGCAAAACAGUUUGCACAGGGAUUCACUUGUUACACUCAAAAGAGCCUUAGAAGCAAAAGAACUAACUCGGCAGCAACUACGAGAGCAACUGGAUGAAGUGGAGAAAGAAACUAGAUCAAAACUACAGGAGAUUGAUAUUUUCAAUAACCAGCUGAAGGAGCUGAGAGAAAUACAUAAUAAGCAGCAACUCCAGAAACAGAAGUCCAUGGAAGCUGAACGGCUGAAACUGAAAGAGCAGGAGCGAAAGGUCAUAGAAUUAGAAAAACAAAAAGAGGAAGCCCAGAGGAGAGCCCAGGAACGGGACAGGCAGUGGCCGGAGCACGCACAACUGGAAGAUGACCACCAGCGGCCAAGAAAACCCCAUGACGAGGACAAACUGAAGAGGGAAGAGAGUGUCAAAAAGAAGGAGGGCGAGGAAAGAGGCAAGCAGGAAGCACAAGACAAGCUGAGUCGGUUUUUCCCUCAACACCAAGAACCAGCAAAGCCAGCUGUCCAAACACCCUGGCCCACCACAGAAAAAGGACCUCUCACGAUUUCUGCUCAGGAGAAUGUGAAGGUGGUGUACUACCGGGCCUUGUACCCCUUCGAGUCCAGGAGUCACGAUGAGAUCACCCUGCAGCCGGGGGAUGUCGUCAUGGUUAAAGGGGAAUGGGUGGAUGAAAGCCAAACUGGAGAGCCGGGAUGGCUUGGAGGAGAACUGAAAGGAAAGACAGGAUGGUUCCCGGCAAACUAUGCAGAGAAAAUUCCAGAAAACGAGGUUCCCACGGCAGCCAAACCAGUAACUGAUAUGACAUCUGCCCCUGCCCCAAAACUGGCUUUGCGUGAAACCCCUGCUCCUGCAGUAACAGCCUCUUCCGAGCCCUCCAGCACCCCCAACAACUGGGCCGACUUCAGCUCCACGUGGCCCAGCAGUGCGAGUGAGAAACCAGAAACGGAUAACUGGGAUGCGUGGGCAGCCCAGCCUUCCCUCACUGUUCCUAGUGCCGGCCAGUUAAGGCAGAGGUCAGCCUUUACUCCAGCUACAGCCACCGGCUCCUCCCCAUCUCCCGUGCUGGGCCAGGGUGAAAAGGUGGAAGGGCUGCAAGCACAAGCCCUGUAUCCCUGGAGAGCCAAAAAAGACAACCACUUAAAUUUUAACAAAAAUGAUGUCAUCACCGUCCUGGAACAGCAAGACAUGUGGUGGUUUGGAGAAGUUCAAGGUCAGAAGGGUUGGUUCCCCAAGUCUUACGUGAAACUCAUUUCAGGGCCCAUAAGGAAAUCUACAAGCAUGGAGUCUGGGUCCUCCGAAAGCCCAGCCAGCCUCAAGAGAGUAGCUUCUCCGGCCGCGAAGCCGGCUGCCCCGGGGGAAGAGUUUAUUGCCAUGUACACUUACGAGAGCUCUGAGCAAGGAGAUUUAACCUUUCAGCAAGGGGAUGUGAUUAUGGUUACCAAGAAGGAUGGUGACUGGUGGACGGGAACAGUGGGCGACAAGUCCGGAGUCUUCCCUUCUAACUAUGUGAGGCUUAAAGAUUCAGAGGGCUCUGGAACUGCUGGGAAAACAGGGAGUUUGGGAAAAAAACCUGAGAUCGCUCAGGUUAUUGCCUCCUACACUGCGACAGGCCCUGAACAGCUAACUCUGGCCCCUGGGCAGCUGAUUUUGAUCCGGAAAAAAAACCCAGGUGGAUGGUGGGAAGGAGAGCUGCAAGCACGUGGAAAAAAACGCCAGAUAGGCUGGUUCCCAGCCAAUUAUGUUAAACUCCUAAGCCCUGGGACAAGCAAAAUCACUCCAACGGAAGCCCCCAAGUCAGCUGCAACACCUGCAGUGUGCCAGGUGAUUGGGAUGUACGACUACACGGCACAGAACGAUGACGAGCUGGCCUUCAACAAGGGCCAGAUCAUCAACGUCCUCAACAAGGAGGACCCCGACUGGUGGAAAGGGGAAGUGAAUGGACAAGUGGGGCUCUUCCCAUCCAAUUACGUGAAGCUGACCACGGACAUGGACCCGAGCCAGCAAUGGUGUUCGGACUUGCAUCUCCUGGAUAUGUUGACCCCGACUGAGAGAAAGCGACAGGGGUACAUCCACGAGCUCAUUGUCACCGAAGAGAACUAUGUGACUGACCUGCAGCUGGUCACAGAGAUCUUUCAGAAACCCCUGAUGGAGUCUGAGCUGCUGACAGAAAAAGAGGUGGCUAUGAUUUUUGUUAACUGGAAGGAGCUGAUUAUGUGUAAUAUCAAACUGCUGAAGGCGCUGAGGGUCCGCAAGAAGAUGUCGGGGGAGAAGAUGCCGGUGAAGAUGAUCGGCGACAUCCUGAGCGCGCAGCUGCCACAUAUGCAGCCCUACAUCCGCUUCUGCAGCUGCCAGCUCAACGGGGCCGCCCUCAUCCAGCAGAAGACGGACGAGGCCCCGGACUUCAAGGAGUUUGUCAAAAGGCUGGCAAUGGACCCCAGAUGCAAAGGGAUGCCUCUUUCUAGCUUUAUCCUGAAACCUAUGCAGCGGGUGACCAGAUAUCCUCUGAUCAUCAAAAAUAUCCUGGAAAACACUCCUGAAAACCACCCUGACCACAGCCACCUGAAGCACGCCUUGGAGAAGGCGGAAGAGCUGUGCUCCCAGGUGAACGAGGGCGUGCGUGAGAAGGAAAACUCGGACCGGCUGGAGUGGAUUCAGGCCCACGUGCAGUGUGAAGGCCUGUCGGAGCAAUUGGUGUUCAACUCAGUGACCAAUUGCCUGGGACCACGAAAGUUUCUACAUAGCGGGAAACUCUACAAGGCCAAGAGCAACAAGGAGCUGUAUGGUUUCCUGUUCAAUGACUUCCUCCUGCUGACACAGAUUACCAAGCCCUUGGGGUCUUCCGGCACCGACAAGGUCUUCAGCCCCAAAUCCAACCUGCAGUAUAAAAUGUACAAAACCCCUAUCUUCCUAAAUGAGGUCCUAGUAAAACUACCCACAGACCCUUCUGGAGAUGAACCCAUCUUCCACAUUUCCCACAUAGACCGGGUCUACACCCUCCGAGCUGAAAGCAUAAAUGAGAGGACCGCCUGGGUGCAGAAAAUCAAAGCUGCUUCUGAGCUCUACAUCGAGACGGAGAAGAAGAAGCGGGAGAAGGCCUAUCUGGUGCGCUCCCAGAGGGCAACUGGCAUUGGAAGGCUGAUGGUGAACGUGGUGGAAGGCAUUGAGCUAAAGCCUUGCCGCUCCCACGGGAGGAGCAAUCCGUACUGCGAGGUGACCAUGGGCUCGCAGUGUCACAUCACUAAGACCAUCCAGGACACCCUGAACCCUAAGUGGAACUCCAACUGCCAGUUCUUCAUCAGAGACCUGGAGCAGGAAGUCCUCUGUAUCACCGUGUUCGAGAGGGACCAGUUCUCCCCCGAUGAUUUCUUGGGCCGCACAGAGAUCCGCGUGGCUGACAUCAAGAAAGACCAGGGCUCCAAGGGGCCAGUCACAAAGUGUCUCCUGCUACAUGAAGUCCCCACGGGAGAGAUCGUGGUCCGCCUGGACCUGCAGCUAUUCGAUGAACCAUAG